UGAACGAACUGAUCUUCAAUCCCUUAGCGCCGGGGAGUGAAUUGGGAAAACUACACACAUUUAUUUUUGUUGAAAUUUAUACAACUGGUCCAGAAUGAAGUCUACAGAACAGCUGACUCUCUUGUAUUUAAUAUAUUUUCAUAUUUUUGUCAUACUGAUUUUUCCUGCUGUCUAUUGUGAUGUCGGAUACUCCAUUGCGGAAGAGCUGAAACAUGGAUCUGUGAUCGGAAAUAUAGCAAAGGAUCUGGGGCUCGAUGUUAAAACACUGUCAGCUCGGAAGGCCCGUGUGGACAAUGAAAGCAGCCGCGGACAUUAUUGCGAUAUUAAUCUGAAUACCGGCGAUUUGAUCGUGUCGGAAAGGAUCGACAGAGAAUCGCUGUGUGGAAAGAAGACCUCGUGCAUUUUAACAUGUGAGCUUGUUCUGGAGAAUCCACUGGAGCUGCAUCGCGUCAUUCUUGACAUUCAAGAUGUCAAUGAUAACGCGCCUCAAUUUAAAGAAGACUUAAUAAAAUUAGAAAUCAGAGAAUCGGUGGAUAAAGGUAGUCGCUUCCUUCUGGAUGAGGCGCACGACGCGGAUAUAGGACAGAAUGGAGUUCAAACCUACGCUUUGCAAAGUAAUGAUAAUUUCGUUUUGGCUAUUAAUAAAAAUACAAUAGGGGGGAAAUAUGCUGAACUGGUAUUAGAAAAAGAGCUGGAUCGCGAACAACAGCAGGAAGUAAAAUUAUUACUUACCGCUGCAGACGGUGGGACUCCACAGAGAUCUGGUACUGUACUCAUACAUGUCACUGUGCUGGAUGCCAAUGAUAAUAUUCCAGUGUUUAGCCAGAGUGUGUAUAAAGUCAGUUUGCCAGAAAAUUCUCCUCUUGGUACUGUAGUGGUCACAGUUAGCGCCACAGACGCAGACGAGGGAGCAAAUGGCCAAGUGGCGUAUGAAUUCGGUCGAGUUUCUGACGAAGAUGCCAUGUUAUUUUCUAUAGAUCAUAAUACUGGAGAAAUUAAGGUAGAAGGAGUGAUAGACUUCGAAGAUGAGUCCAGGUUCGAAAUUCCCAUUAAAGCAAAAGAUGGAUCUGGUUCCGCUUCUUAUUCAACGGUUAUAAUACAGAUUACAGAUGUAAACGAUAAUGCUCCUAAAAUAUUUAUCAAAUCUCUGAACAAUCCCAUCCCUGAGAACGUGUUACCUGACACAGAGGUCGGCAUCAUUAAUGUGCAGGAUAAGGACUCCGAGGGAAACGGACAGGUCCACUGCUCUGUUCAACAAAACGUCCCUUUCAAGUUAGUGCCGUCAAUUAAAAAUUAUUAUUCUAUAAUGACUACUAGUAAUCUAGAUCGUGAGCUUGUGUCGGAUUACAACGUUAUUAUUAUGGCGAUCGAUGGUGGCUCCCCGCCUUUGUCUUCGUCUGAAACUGUAAAAGUAGCUGUAUCCGAUGUCAAUGACAAUCCACCUGAAUUUGAGGAGAAGUCUUACAGCGCGUAUGUGAAUGAAAACAACAAACCUGCUUCAUCCAUUUGUUCUGUGAAAGCCAGAGACCCAGACUGGAGACAAAACGGUACCGUUUUUUACUCUCUGUUGCCCAGUGAAAUCAGCGGAGUUCCGAUAUCCUCGUUUUUAUCCAUUAAUGGAGAGACGGGAGUGAUCCAUUCCGUGAGAUCGUUUGACUAUGAGCAAUUCAGAAGCUUCAAAGCCCACGUUGUAGCCAGAGACAAUGGUUCUCCUCCACUCAGCAGCAACGUCACUGUGAGCGUCUACAUAACAGACCAGAAUGAUAACUCUCCACAGAUAUUAUAUCCAGCUCCAUCGGGGAACUCUUUCAUGACUGAGAUGGUUCCCAAAGCUGCUCACGCGGGCUCCCUGGUUUCCAAGGUGAUCGCAGUGGAUGCGGACUCUGGACAGAACGCCUGGUUGUCCUAUCAGAUUGUGAAAUCCACUGAUCCUGGACUUUUCACUAUUGGUCUCCACAGUGGAGAGAUCAGGUUGCAGCGGGAUGUUGCUGAGUCUGACAGUAUGAAGCAGAACCUUGUUAUUUCAGUGAAAGAUAAUGGAAAUCCUCCUCUUUCUACAACAUGUGCAGUUUAUCUGCUUAUUUCUGACAAUUUAGCUGAUGUUCCCGAGCUGAAAGACAUGUCCUAUGAAGACAGCACUUCUAAAUUAACAUCUUAUUUAAUUAUUGCUCUUGUCUCCGUCUCUACAUUUUUCUUAACUUUCAUUAUUCUUGUUGUGGCCGUGAGGAUUUGCCACAGGAGGAAGCCAAGAAUGUUUGACGGAGCAAUCGCUGUUCCCAGCACAUAUUUUCCUCCCGGUUAUGCCGAGGUGGAUGGAGCAGGAACUCUCCGAAGUUCUUACAAUUAUGACACUUACUUAACAACGGGCUCUCGCACCAGUGACUUCAAAUUCGUACAGUCAUAUAAUGACAGCACAAUGUCUGCAGACCAGAAACAGAUGAUCACUCCUGAGGAAACUGCUGGGAACAGACCACAUGAUGGCAUGAAUGACUUGAAUGAGACGUGCACUUCCCGGGUCUUGGAGAAGAUCAAGAUGUCAUCCAGGUACACCAGGAUGCAGUCAUCCACAAGAUCUCCUAAUAUGUGA